UUAAUUUCUUCUUCUCUCAAAGUUUUCUCAGGUCUCAAUCUAAUGGCUUCUUCUGCUUCUUCUUCACGACUUCUCUUAGUUCUCUCUAUCUUUAUCGUAUGGACUUCAUUACAUUUACAGGUAACCAUCACUCGUGCAGACCUCCCCGGCACGUGGGAGCUCCUAGUCCCCAACGCAGGUAUAGCCUCCAUGCACACAGCCGUCACCCGUUACGGCACCGUAGUCCUCCUCGACCGCACAAACAUCGGCCCCUCCCGCAAAAUGCUCCGCAAGGGCCAUUGCCGUUACGACCCCAACGACAAAGUCCUGCAGCGCGACUGCUAUGCUCACUCCGUGCUCUUCGAUCCUUCCACCAACCAAAUCCGACCCUUAAUGAUCCAAACCGACACUUGGUGCUCUUCCGGUCAAUUCCUCCCCGAUGGCACGCUCCUGCAAACCGGUGGCGACUUGGAUGGUUUAAAGAAGAUACGUAAGUUCGUCCCGUGCCGGUCCGACCAGUACUGUGACUGGGAAGAGCUUCAGGACGUCGAGCUUAACACGGGCCGGUGGUAUGCGACCAACCAGAUUCUCCCGGACGGUUCAGUCAUCAUCAUUGGUGGUCGAGCCGCCAACAACAUAGAAUUCUAUCCUCCCAAAGGCGAAGGAACCGUUGAGUUACCGUUUCUUGCUGAUGUGGAGGACAACCAGAUGGACAAUCUCUAUCCCUACGUUCACCUCCUCCCCAACGGUCACCUAUUUCUUUUUGCAAACAGUAAGGCCGUAGAAUACGAUUAUACCACCAACGUCAUCGUACGCGAUUAUCCACCGUUGGAUGGAGGCCCACGCAACUACCCCUCUGCUGGAUCGUCGGUGAUGCUCGCGCUCCAAGGUGAUUACUCCACCGCCGAGAUCGUCGUCUGCGGUGGUGCGCAGUACGGUGCGUUCAUCCUGAGGAGCACGGAUACCCCAGCGCACGGUAGCUGCGGGCGCAUCGUUGCUACCGAUCCUGAACCCAAUUGGGAAAUGGAGGACAUGGCAUUUGGUCGGAUUAUGGGGGACAUGGUGAUGCUUCCCACCGGUGAUGCGUUGAUCAUCAACGGUGCUCAGGCAGGAACGCAAGGCUUUGAGAUGGCAUCCAACCCGUGUUUAUACCCACUCCUGUACCGGCCAGACCAACCUGUCGGAUUACGGUUCAUGACUUUGAACCCCGGUUCCGUUCCAAGAAUGUACCAUUCGACGGCGAAUCUGCUGCCAGACGGGAGAGUGCUCAUCGCCGGAAGUAACCCUCAUUACUUCUACAAGUUCGACUCCGAAUUCCCGACGGAAUUGAGAAUCGAAGCUUUCUCGCCGGAAUAUUUGUCUGCAGACCGUGAGAAUCUCCGACCGGUAAUCGAAUUAUCUCCGGAGAAGAUUCGUUACGGUGAGGGUUUCGAAGUGGUGGUGUCAGUUCCAUUGACAGUGGUGGAGAAGAUGGAGUUGAAUCUCGGGAGCGCUCCCUUCGCGACGCAUUCGUUCUCACAAGGUCAGAGAUUGGUAAAGUUAACAGUGACGCCUGCUGUGCCCGAAUCGGACGGUGGAGGACGGUAUAGGAUAGGUUGUACGGCUCCGAUUGAUGCAAAGGUUGCUCCGCCUGGGUAUUACAUGGCAUUUGUCAUCAACCAGGGCGUGCCAAGCGUGGCGAAGUGGGUACAAGUGGUCCCUUGAUCUUGUCGGCAUUUGAUGAAUCUUAUCGACCAUU